UUUUGAUCGUCUCUAUUCUUCUCUCAGAUGGCCAACAAGGCAGACAAUCGCAACCAAGAUGCGACGUGCUAUGUAGGCAACCUCGACGAUCGCGUCAACGACCGUCUGCUGUGGGAGCUCUUCCUCCAAGCAGGUCCUGUCGCACACGUUUUUAUUCCAAAGGACCGCGUGUCUGGCUUGCAGCAAGGGUACGGCUUUGUGGAAUAUCCCACCGAGGAGGACGCCGAGUAUGCCACCAAGAUUCUCAACAUGAUCAAGCUCUUUGGAAAGCCGAUUCGAGUUAGCAGGUCAACCGAUCGCAAGGACAUUGACAUUGGCGCCAACCUCUUCAUCGGCAACCUGGACACCGAAGUCGACGAAAAGAUGCUCUUCGAUACAUUCAGCGCCUUCGGCGUCAUCUUGCACACCCCGAAGAUCAUGCGCGAUCAACAAAAUGGCAACCCACGCGGAUUUGGCUUUGUCAACUUUGCGUCGUUCGAGGCGUCCGAUGCAGCAAUCGAGGCCAUGAACGGCCAGUAUCUGUGCAACCGUCAGAUUUCAGUCACCUACGCGUUCAAGAAGGACAUGAAGGGAGAGCGACAUGGCACUGCCGCCGAGCGUCUGCUUGCGGCGUCCAACCCCUUCUCGAAUGUGUCCAAGCCUCACCAACGCUUUGCCGAACCUCAAGCACAGUUGCCGCCUCCAGGAAUGGGUGGUGCUCCGGGCAUGCCGAUGAUGAUCCCACCACCAUUCCAGCCGAUGGGCGCACCACCGGCUUUUGGCGGGUAUCCGAUGCCUCCGCCUUUCGCCAUGCCCCCGCCCUUUGCGAUGCCUCCAGGCCAGCCUCCGCACAUGAUGAUGCCACCACCGUUCGUGCCUCCGCCGUAUCCCAUGCAUUAGCUGCAUUAGUGCUUAAUAAAUUCACCUUGUC